CUCCCCCCUGCGAGUGACCAGUCGCUCUCAGGAGUUAGGAGAGCUUACAACUACCCUAUUUUGGAACAUUACACGUGAAAAUGGACGACGAGGCAUCAGAAGCUCCAAAGUUCACCGUCGUGGACUACGUGGUGUUCUCCCUAAUGCUGGUGGUGUCUGUGGGCAUCGGCGUGUACAGCUCCCUCAGGGGCAAAGGGGCGUCCUCCACCCAGGCCUUCCUGCUGGGGGGCCGAGACAUGUCCCUCGCGCCCGUGGCCUUUUCUCUGACGGGCGGCGUCAUUUCGGCCAUUUCCAUUUUGGGGCUGCCAACGGAGCUGUAUCUGUACGGGACGCAGCUGGUCAUGAACAUCCUCGGCGCCGUCGUCGGGGUGCUGGUGGUCAGGAACCUCAUCCUCCCCAUCGUGUACCCGCUCAGGCUCGUCUCCAUCUACCAGUACAUCGAAAUCAGAUUCAAGUCCAGAGUCCUCAGGAAGUUCGCGACGGCCUGUCAGCUGCUCUCGUCAUGCUUCUAUGUCGGCCUGUGUCUGUACGCGCCCUCUCUCGCGCUCUCCUCUGUCACGAACCUCCCCACCUGGGCCUCCGUCAUCAUCAUGGGCAGCAUCUGUACCUUCUACAUCACUAUUGGCGGCGUGAAAGCAGUGGUCUACACCGAUGUGAUCCAGACUCUCGUCAUGUUCUUUGGCGUGCUGGCUGUUGUCAUCGUCGUGUGCAGGAACCUGGGAGGGAUAGAGGAAGUUUGGGAAGUCGCCGGCCAGGGAGGACGUCUGGAAUUUUUCAACUUGGACCCCAGCCCAUUCACCCGCCACACCCUCUGGUCUACGAUGGUGAUGGGCGUGUUCAUGGUGUUUAGUUUCUUGGGCGUGAGCCAGCCUCAGUAUCAGCGCUUCGCUUCCGUCCCCACCCUCGCCCAGGCUCAGCUACUGUCUCUGUUGUUCCUCCUGGGAAUGAGUCUCCUUUGGGGCGUCUUCUACACCUCCGGCCUUGUCGCCUAUGCUCUCUACAAGGACUGCGACCCUCUGACGUCCGGGAAGAUUGAGAAGCCGGACCAAAUCAUCCCUUACAUGGUGACGGAUAAGCUCCAUCACCUGACAGGGAUGCCUGGGCUCUUCGUGGCGGCUGUGUACGGCGGCGUUCUCAGUUCCUUGUCGUCGCAGGGCAACGCCAUCGCCUGCGUGGUGUGGGAGGACUUCCUGAAGGAGAGGCCGUACUUCCGCGGCAUCAGCGACCGCAGCGCCACCAACGUCGUCAAACUGCUGUCGAGCAUGACCGGCCUGGUCGCCAUCGGCGUGGGUCUCCUGGCGGGAAAGCUCGGGACAAUCAACUACGUCAUUUCCCUCGUCAGCGCCGCCAUCCGGGGCCCCCUGUGCGGCCUCUUCUUCGUGGGCAUGUGCGCCCCCUGGGUCAAUACCAAGGGCGCCAUGGCUGGCCUGGCGUUUUCGCUGAUCGUCAACAUAUGGAUGGUGAUCGGGCGCUUCGUGGUUAGCGGGAAGCAACCCGUGCGGCUCCCGCUGUCCCUCGACGGCUGCCUCGACCAGGUAGCGGGGACGCCGACGGCGCUCAACGCGACGCUCGGCCUCCUCGCCAACGCCACCGCCGUCGCUUUCACCGCCGUUGCUGCGUCCAAGCCAGAGUACUCGAAUCUGACUGAACAUUCUUUGGAAGAUGAGAACAUGAUCUAUGACAUCUCCUACUGCUACAACGGCGCAAUUGGAAUCAUCAUCAACUUCGUUGUGAGCAGUCUUGUGGCAUGCUGCACAGGACCUAAUUUGCCCGGGGCCGUCGAGGCGCGCUUGGUGUUCGCCCCCAGCGCCCGCCUCCAUCGCGCCCUCUUCCUGCUGGUCGGGGGGUCAGGCCGCCCUCGCGACGCCCGGGAGAAGGGGCCCGAGGACAAGGAGGCGGCUCUCGACAUGCUCUCCAUGUCCAGUUGACGUGCGACGUGGCUCGAUGGGCACGUUUCCUUCCAGAAAAUGCAUCAUCUAUUCCUACUCCAAUUUUAAGGGGUUCAAAACACAAUAUAUUAUCUCGAUACAGAUAUGUGACAGUGGAGCAUAUAUAGCAAAUGCAAGUUUACAUCAUGACGUAACACUGAUAAAUAUCACUCUUACCUUGUUUUGAUUACUUAACAAGAGUUUGGAUGAGACCUGAGCGUUACAACUUUUCCAAGUGUGGGGUAAAUUUAGGCAUUGCAGAAUAAGCAGUAAGAUAAAUUACUCAAUUGGUACUACUCCUUUGAUCACACCAAGACAGUCAAAUGUUCACCAACAGUCAGCUCGUCCAAAUGGAUUGAUAAUUAUCGGAAACCGUCAGAUAUAAUAGUUUCUUUUGGUUUAAUGUUUUUUGUUAUAAAUCGUUGUCAGGAAGAAACUGUUUAAACAUAGCACCGAAAACUGAUUUGAAGAGAAGCAAGAAUAUCCACUAACAAUACUACAAGAAAUAUGGAAUUUAAAUUCACAUUUGGGGGGGAAAGGAGGAUACCAGUGAUAGAAGGUCUCGCCAACAGGAAAAAGCUACGCCUCAAACGAAGGCAAUAACGCGACAUAUAUUCCUAGGAGUCGACUACUAUAGUCGACUUACUUACCUCUGAUAGUCGAGGCCUAGAAAAGUUUGAAACAAGGCUGCUUAUUGGUUAGUAGAACUCUGAAGAUUAUAUGUAACCUAAAAGUAUACAAUACAGAACAAUUUCCAUAACUAGACAGGUAAGAUUCCUAUAAUAUAUGCAAAGUUUUAAAGAAAACCAAAGUUGAUUAUUUAGGCUUAUAAAAUAACGUUCGAAGUAAUCACGUGCAUUGUAGCUAAUUGUAAAAAUACGUUCUGGUAACAUUAGUUUACUGACGGUUUUCUUAAUCUUGUACACAAUUAGUAUUUGUCCUUUCUUGUACAUUUAUGAAUGAUUUGUGUCCAGCUCCGCUGUACAUGUUGCAAAAUAAAUAAAUAGCGUGCAGGGCGUUUCUACUACUAGCAUUGGGUACAAGCGCCUUACAUGCCUGUUCGGCUCAUAAAUGUAUUAUUUUCAGAUCUGUUCGUUUUGCACCAGUGACUAUAUUUUUGAAAUAAAAUUUCAAGUAAAUAUUGUUCUUAAAAAGAAAAAACAUUAGGAGAUUAUGUAAUGGUAACAUAACUUAGGAAGGGAAACUAGAGCUGAAGCCGCCCACCCUAAAAGAAAGGAAAAUAACGUCGUGACAUCAACAAAAACAACAACAGUUACAACUGCUAGUACUAAGAGUAGUAAUGAUAGUUGUAAUAGGAGAGUUGCCCGUAAAUAUGUUUGUUAAAUAUUUAUAACUUCAACAUCGAUAUGUUCACGCCAAAGCAUGACAUUCGUAAGACAGAGCUCAUUAACGUGAGCAUGUUCAAGUUUAUGUUAUAGUUAAAGUUUAAUUUGACAAGAUUUAUUGACAAUGUUUAUGAGCUAUUCGUCUGGUUCAGUACACCAUGAUAAUCAUAAAUGAUAAUUAUAAAAAAAUAAAUAAUGAUCAAAA